CUCUAUAAAUACAUCCUGGGGUCCUGUUUGAACAUUUUGGUUGUCAGACAAAAACCUGCGCCRCUUCUUUUCUUUUUAGAGACUUGGUGUUGAACGUUUCAUGAGCUGCAGGAUGGACAACAAGGCCUACUUGGUUCAGAUGAAUGGCGAUGGAGUUCACGGCAAAAACAUGGUCCAACCCAAAUCCCUGAUCGGGACCGGAGUGGCCGGGAAGGGGAUGCUCGGGAACGGCGUGCACCACGUCAACGUGAACGGCAGCUUGUAUCCCGCCAAGGCCAAGAGCCGCCGGCAGAGGUGGGAGGUGAAGGCCUCGGAGAUGGCCAACAACACGCUCAACCCCAUCAGGGCCAUCGUGGACGGGAUGAAACUCAGCCCCAACCCUGACAAACCCAUGAUCGCUCUGUCCAUAGGCGAUCCCACCGUGUUUGGAAACCUGCCUACAGACGAUGCCGUCCUUCAGGCCAUGAAAGACGCUGUGGACUCUCAAAAGUUCAACGGCUACGCUCCUUCUGUGGGUUACCUGAAGAGUCGACAGGCGGUGGCCAACUUUUACAGCUGCCCUGAAGCGCCCCUGGAAGCAGAGGACGUGAUUCUGACCAGCGGCUGCAGUCAGGCCAUUGAACUGGCUAUCGGCGUCUUGUGCAACCCCGGGGACAACGUUCUGGUUCCAUGCCCCGGCUUCUCCUUAUACAAAACUCUGGCUGUUUCCACGGGAAUCAAGGUCAAACUUUACAACUUAUUGCCAGAGAAGUCAUGGGAGAUCGACCUGCAGCACAUGGAGAGUCUCAUCGAUGAAAGGACUUCCUGUCUGAUUGUUACAAACCCGUCCAACCCGUGUGGGUCCGUCUUCAGCAAGGAACACCUGCAGAAGAUCCUUAAAGUGGCUUCCAAACACUGCGUCCCUAUCCUGGCAGAUGAGAUCUACAGCGACAUGGUUUUCCCAGGAUGCAACAGUCCGUCCUUGGCUUCCCUCAGCAGUGAUGUUCCCAUCCUUUCCUGUGGCGGUCUGGCUAAACGCUGGCUGGUUCCUGGAUGGAGGCUGGGUUGGAUCCUCAUCCAUGACAGGAAUGACAUAUUUGGAUCUGAGAUUCGACAGGGUUUGGUGAAGCUGACUCAGCGUAUUCUGGGAGCCUGCACCAUCGUUCAGGGAGCUCUGGAGAGCAUCCUGAAUAACACGCCUCCAAGCUUCUACAGCAGCACCAUCAGCUUCCUGAAGUCAAAUUCAGAGAUUUGUUUCAGUGAGCUGUCCACCGUCCCCGGCCUGAACCCUGUCAUGCCUUCAGGAGCCAUGUACCUCAUGGUUGGGAUCGAAAUGAACCACUUUCCGGAUUUUAAAAACGAUGUGGACUUCACUGAACGACUGGUGACGGAACAAUCCGUCUUCUGUCUGCCUGCUUCGGCGUUUGAGUAUCCCAACUUCUUCCGCAUCGUGGUGACGGUUCCAGAAGAGAUGAUGGUGGAGGCCUGCGCUCGGAUCAGGGAGUUCUGCCAGUGUCAUUAUCAGCCUCUGAGCUGCGAAGACCUGGACCAGUGAUUCAGCCGAGCAGAACUGGACCAGCAGAACCUACUCCGCUUUAAAAAUCUCACCACACUAAAAUAUGAAACGUAUAGAAAUCUGACGACGACGUAUCUGGCUGUGUAACUUUUCUAAACAAGAAGACCUAAUAUUUAUAUUUUUUAUAGGCAACUUAUCACUUUCAUCUUCUUUUUUUGUAUAUUUAUAUAAUUUGUGUAACACUUUGUGCUUCAGGAGGUUUAUCGUCUGAUCACACCUCAGAAAGUAUUUGAUAAUCUGAAUAUUCAUUCAUCAUCUUCAGUUUUUUAUUAAAUUGCAUUUUAAACAGCAUUUAUUUGAACUUUCUCUGUGUAUUGUUAUGUGUUAAUUACAUUAUUUUGCAUGCAGCUUACUUGUAUAUUUCUUGUUUGUCUUUCAAACAUACUAUUUUGUACAGUAAUUUUGUUUAUAGUAAUAAAACUAUAACACUAA